CAGCGCCCUCAGAGCGCCACCUGCCCCGCAAAAAUUUCAUAGCCGCCGCCCGGUGCUCUUCAAGCUCUUUACUUUAAUUAAAAUUACUUUUCGAAAAGAUAACGGACUCCAUUUCACGUGAAAAAAUAAAUUCGCCAGGGCGCGAAUUAUUGACUAAUUAGAAAGUGACACCUCUUGGGAGUAUAAAAAAAAGCUGCACUGGUUAUGCAGCAUAGGGUGGAGAAUCAUAUCCUACAUGAGGAGCAAAUAUUGGAAGCGAUAGAUCAAUUGCGAAGACGAAAAGCACGUCCCGAUGCUGACAGAAUUUGUAAUUAUUUAUUGCGAAAAUUCUCAGUUGAUGCACGUGAUACAAUUGCCGACCUUCAUAAGUUGAUAGAAGCGGAAAAAGUAAUACAAGUUGAUUAUAAGGGAAAUACAAGUUAUCGUAAUGCCUCAAAGUGGUCACGCCUUCAACUUUAUAAAAACAGACCCGAGGGUUUUGUGAAGGAUAAACUUAACUCGGCAAUGGUCGCGGGCGCCGUUGCUGAAUUAGUUGUUGAGGAACCAGAUUAUCUCGAUCAGGGCGUGCCUGCAUUUAGAUUAGUUGAACAACUAUUAGAUGGAAUAUCAAAUCCAACGUCACGACGAAUGGUCGAAGAUUUUCUCACUAAAGAAACGGCCAGUGGAAAUUUAACGCGGCUCGCGAAUGGAAAUUACUCAUUGGUCGCGACAACUGAUAUUCGACAAGAAACAAAUAUGGAUAACGGCGGUGGCAGUGUCAAAAAUAGUAAAGAAACAACAACAACAACUUCUUCUUCUUCAUUAACAAGUCCUUAUGAUUUCGACGAAGCAGACGAUAUGACAAUGCCCGAUUCAUUGUCAAAUACACCGAGAUCAUCGAGACAGGCAAGUCCCAAGUCCGAGCAGGGUAAAAAUAAAGAUGAUUAUUACGAAAUUAUUGAUAAUUCAAAUGGAAAAAAAGAUGAUCAACUUAGGGAGGAGAGGGAGAAAAAGGAGAAGACACCACAACCGAGUUCGUCAUCAACUUCCGAUGUUCAAGAGGAGCAAAAAAUUGAGACACAAAGUAGUCCUAACCUCAAAAAAACGGGAAAAGUUGAGCGCAAGCAGAAAUUGUGUGUAAGAACAGAUGACUCAGCUGAUAUUGAAAUUAAAUAUGACGAAUAUAGUAGAGAUAAGAUAAAGGAUUAUGGUGAAAAGGAGAGGAGAGAUGAUAAUGGUCAUCUUAGUGAGGAUCGCGAUGAGGAGGAUGCGGGUCGAAGUUCCACUAAUCCUUCGCCAACACCUUCGAAUACAAAUGCUGGAGCCUUUCGAAGUGCACGUAGAAAGCGUGCGAAGAAAGUAUUCGAUCCUUCAGACAAUAAUUUGGUUAAGAGAAAAAGAGGAAGGCAACCAGCGUCACAAAAUAAAAGUAUGACAACAUCGCAAGAUUCUCAAGAAUCCCUUAAACCCAUCGCGAAAGAUGGACCCAACAGACAAUGUAGUUUAUGCUCGAAAGAAAAGCAGGAAUCACUAAUCGCGUGUCGUGAUUGUACAGUGAGAGCGCAUCCGUCUUGUGUCUACACCUCCGACGUUUUGCACCAUAAAUCCGGGAGCAGUUGGCAGUGUGAACGAUGCAAAAGUUGUGUCAUCUGCUGUGAAACAUCCGACGCAGGACCCUUGAUAAGUUGUUAUAACUGUGACGAUGCAUAUCACUCGUUCUGUCAUUCACCAAGAAUAUCCAUCAGCAAAUCAAACUCAAAAUGGAAUUGUAAUGACUGUACGCAAAAGAAUUUCAAAUCAACUCUAAGCCAAAGUAUUGGUUUAUUAACAAAUCGUUCGGAAUCUCCAAAUACUGCAACUGUUCUACCGCCGGUUCUCAGUCCUCAAGUUUCUCCAAAUCGUUCUUCGCCAAAUCAUCUGGAGGACGAUAUCUCUAGUGAUGGUAUCGAUCCAAAUAUUCCUGAUGCUUCCGACUGGACAUCCGAGCAAGUCUAUCAAUAUUUUGCCCGACUUUUUCCAAAGGAAGCAGAAAUUUUUAGACACCAGGACAUUGACGGCCAUUCUCUUUUAAUGAUGAAGAGAUCUGAUGUAUUAAAUCGACUAGAUCUACUUCUAGGUCCAGCGCUAAAAAUUUACCGUCAUGUUUUAAAACUCCAAGUUCGAAGGGAUGAUCCAAAACUUUACUGGCUAUAAGUAAAGAUAACAAAUUUUUAGUUCAAAUUAUCUUUUAAAAUUAUAUUUUUCUUGAAUUAAUUGUUUCUUAAAUUGUUUUAACAUUUCAUUGUUUCUGCAAUUUUAGUUUCAACAAUUAUUGUUAUUACAAUUCAUUGUUUCUACAAUUCAGUUUCAACAAUUAUUGUUUCCAAAAAAAUCAAGUAAAUUACUACGACAGUAAUGAAACAAUAUUACUUGUUUUGUCUUUUACAUAGUACUUUAAAGAGUAUAAUUAAUAUUUAAGUUUAUUUAAAAAGAUUAUUUAAAUAGUAAAUUAUGCUGAUGAAAAAAUAGUUUCUCCACGUCGAGUGUUAUUAUUCUACCAUUUGAGUUUUAAGAUUUAUAUAGUUAUUAUAUGUAUAAAGAAAAAAUAGAUUUACAAGUGUUAAACCGACUGGUUUUUUUAUAUACAAAAAAAAGUUAUCUUGAUCAUGAAUGAGUGAAUAAAUGAUAUUUAUUAUAUAUAUUAGUAUACAUAAAAGUAAAAAAUUUCUGCGAGAAUUUAUAAUAAAUAAAGAAUAAUAAUAAAGAACG